UUCAGAUAGGAAACUCCUCCCUCGCCUCUCACCACAUGGGUCAUACUCCAGGUAAUUGUUGAGACGUUUUUUUUAAGACGGCACAGAAAAUGUCCAAAUCUGCUAUAGUUAUUAUUGCACUGUUUAUAUGUUUGAUAAAAACGAAAAUUUGACUGCAUUUGUGUUGAACUCGUAUAUUUUAAUAAAAAAAAUCCACUUGCCCCGUCUUUUCACAGAUUGCAGCCUUUUUUUCCAAGAGGAGGACCCAGGAUGUCAUCUGUUCAUGACAUGAAGUAGAGGAAAAGCACGUUUAUGGCUUAUGUAGCAUCACAGAAAAUCAGGUUAAGAUUAGAUUGAUAAGAAAGAAGAGUAUGUAUAUAAUUUAGUUCCUAAUUUUUUAGAUGUGUGUAUAUAUAUAUAUAUAUUUUUUUAAUUUUGGCAAAAGAUCAGCUUGGACUGGAAAUUCCAGCGUCAUACAGCUGUGGGACAGGGGAGAUGCUUCAAGACAGUAAAGACACAAAUGAAUUUUCUGAAAAUGAGCUCCUUGACAUCAUGUAUAACAAAUGUGAUAAAAGCAACACAGCCUCAGGAGAUGUGUUGGCCUCCAGCAUCAUGCAGUACCUGCAAACCCUCACAGUUCAGAGCGGAGAAGAGGACAAACUGGCUUCCCUGCGACAGCUCCUGGACCCUGACCUCCAGGACCCUCACGUGAGCAGGGAGACUUUCCAAUCCGCGAUGAGAAUGUGGAUUGCUCAGUGCAGGGAAGACAGCUCAGACGUAAUUUCUUUGUCUCGGUCAGACUGCUCUGAAGUGUCUGUAAAUGCCAGUGCAACUCCCACAGAGGGCCAUUAUUGUUUCUGUGAAAACAAGGACCUUUCUGAUGUAGUGGCUGAUCUGAAGCAAGCUCGUCACCAUCUGAGCGAGCAGAACAGCAGCCUGCUGAGGAUGCUGGCUCAGUGUGAGGACGAAAACCUGCAGCUCAGUCUGGAGAUCACAGAGCUGCAGACCAAGCUGCUCAGAUCAGCCAUCAAAGCCCAGUCUGUGACAGAAAAGCUGGAAGAGACUCGUCAGAUGCUGAAGGAGGUUCAGGAAACAGCCAGUCAUACCCAAACAAGCUUCACCCAACUGACCAAUGAGACUGACCGUUUGAGGUUUCACAUUAGAGUGCUUGAAGACAAGAAUGAAAGACUAUCUUCUGAAUGGGCAUACGCUGAAGAGCAUGUCAACAAAUUGAAGAGGGCUAACACCGAGUUAAGUGCUGAACAUGUGGACACUCUGGCUUUGGUGAUGCUGAAACACAAAGAAAUAACAAGGAAAAACGUCCUACUGGACAAGAUGAAGAACUUUCAUGCGGAAAAUCACAAAAUGACUGAGGAUCUGCUGUCAGAGCUGCGGAGGUUACAGGAACAUUCACAUCAGCAACUUCUGAGGUUUGACCGACACUGUGUCACUCCUCUGAGCUCCCACGGUUUAAAUCCUCCAAACCAGCGCUCUUUGCAGGACAUGCAGCAGCUUCACAGAGUUCAAGGUAGCAACAGUGUUCCAGUUGCCAAUUCACACAAAGAUAUUCAGGAUGUCCUUCACAAGACCAAAAGUGAUGAAAUAGUUCAUCAUCUGCACAGGAAGGACAGGCCUUUUCCCUUCCGGCAGCAGCAACAGGCAGCUCUGAGACAGAAGCUGUGUAAAGUGCACCCAGAUCCUAAUCUGCACAGGUCUGUGUGGGAGGAGAAAGGGGAGAAACAGAAGAAGAAGCAGAAAGCCUGGGAGAAGGAACAGAAGCACAGCCAGACUGGGAAUCAGAGUCAGGAGGCCAAGAAGGUAGUUGAGGUGAAAUUGGAAGAAGAGGUUGCAACUUGCAGAGAGCAAGCUACGGUGUUACUGGAGCACCCUGAGACACAUGCUAAGCUCCUGCUAACGGAGGAUGACAUUAGUGACAUGAAAAAGCAGGUCUGUCACCUGCACACCUCUCUGAAAUCUGGACAGGGCUGUGCUGAACUCACAAGUCAAGUUCCCCACAUUCAUAAAGGAGAUGACACAGAAGGUCAAGAAGAAGGCACAACUGUGGAAAAGGUGCUGAGGGACCAGGGGGAUUCAGCCGUGGUCCUCAAGCCUGAGGAGAUCUCAGCCUCAGAGUCAAAGCAACCUGAGCCACAGGUGGACAGAAGUGGUCUCCUGCUGACCCUCGGGAGGAUCGAAGCGAUGGUCAGCAGCGCCCUCGGAACGGCCGAGCUGGUGAGGCAGAGCGAGCGGAGGGUGAGCCAGGUGAGAGAAAAGAUGGAGAGUAUCACUCAGAAGAUGGAACAGGCUUUAGACCGAGCAGCGGACACUGAAGAGCCGAUCGAGGUCAGGGAGAAACAUCCAUCACAGUCCCCAGGUCUCACGCUGCCAGCGAAUUGUGAAACAGGCACAAUAAACUUCAUAGAUGAUGUUGGACCUGAACAGAAAGACAUUACACAGAUUCUUUCUUCAUCUCCUGUUUUCCCAGAAGUCUCAGAGCCUCCACAGCUGCCCAUGAAUGGUGCUGCAGGACGAGGCAGCUGCUGGGAGCUCCAGCAAGCGAAGAAACUCUUCCUGCCUGAGUUUUCUUCAAAAAAAGGCGACGGUAACUUGAGGGCGUCCUCCAGUCCUUUGACCUUCCCGUUCACCCGCUCUCGCCCCUCUCUGCCCCCCAUCAUGCCCACCCUGCCUGAAGAAGAAGAGGACUCUCCUGAAGAACUGGACAGUUCAUCCAGCUCUCCUAGAACAUCUACAGUAGGUGAAAGUCAAGCCGUUAUUUUGACUGCCCCCACCAUCGUCUACCCACAGAAGGCCGUCAUUGUCCAACAAGAGGGACGAUACCUCGAAUAUGCCAGGCCGCACAGUCCCAGAGCUCACCAGACCAGAAACUCCUCUGGAAGACCCAUCACCACAGUUGACAGCACCGGUAAUGUGAUUGACCUGGUAAAAGACCAACUUCCAGAGCUUCAACUCUCUGAAGAGGAUCGGCAGAAAAACCUGGAGCUUCUCGAACAGGCCAAGAUGGUCAGUGACCGCUUCCUGACCCGCCGGGGACGCCGAUCCAUCAGCAGCCUCACAGACUCACCCACAGCUCUCUCUCUGUCUCCAACGCCGUCUUCCUCCCCACGUUCAUCAAGAAGCAGCUCUUUCAUUGGUCCACCUCAGACUGCUGCGGGUACCACAGAGGCCACACAUGGCUGUCCACAGUCAGUGAGUCAGCAUUUAGAGGUGCCAACAGGGAGAGAGCAGCUGGAUUUAAAGAACAAGGAUCAAGAGGAUGAGCCUUCGGUGGAUUAUAAGCCGGUUGAGAAAAGAAAAGUGUCGUCCGGGACGCUAACACCUCGCUUUGCCGUUCAGAAGGAAAACCGUGACCUCACCAGGCCUCAGAGUCCGCAGGCCGUCAGUAAAGCAGAUGAAAUUUCAGGUCGAAACCCAAACCUGACCCCAGCUACGGGGGUGGCCAAGCCCGUACCCAGACCCCCUACUCAGCAGGCCCCCUGCACAGCGGAGAUCAAAACAAUCGGUGCCUUCCCUCCGCUGAUGAGGGCGGUCUCCUGGGAUUCCGUCGGCAGCAUUAACUCAAGAACUGGAGCCUCCGGUUUCCCACCAACAGUUGACGAGGUUUUCUCAGAUAAACCCAGAGAUGGUGUGUUCAAGUCCUCAUUGUACAAGGACCUGCAAGCCCAACCAGGCAGCAUACAGAAAUUGUCCAAACUUAGAGAGGAGCACAAGCUGAUGCGUAACCAGAGUAUAGGUAGCUCCAAGUUACCGGAGCUGAGUGAAGCAGCUGAGCAGGAAAAAGGACCUCCAUCUUCUGCAAAGACCACAAGCAGCGAGGAGAUGAAGGAGAAAUCUGAUGCCAUGCCAAACAUUUCAGAUGUAAUGCUGAGAAAACUAAAACUUCACCGAGGUCUGCCAGGCUGUGCCCCUCCGCUCUCCGAGAAAGAAGUUGAGAACGCCUUCGUCCAGCUGUCGCUUGCUUUUCGUAAUGACAACUAUACUCUGGAGACUCGACUGAAACAAGCAGAGAGGGAGAGGAACCUGACAGAGGAAGACACUGAGAAAGAGCUAGAGGAGUUCAAAGGAGCGCUGAAGAUGACUGCACCACAGUGGCAGAACAUGGAGCAACGAGAAGCUUACCAACGCCUUAUAGAGACACUGGCAGUGCUGUACCGACUGACCACACGACUCUCCAGCAGAGCAGAAAUAGUUGGAGCAGUUCGGCAGGAGAAACGUAUGAACAAAGCCACUGAGGUUAUGAUGCAAUAUGUGGAAAAUCUGAAGAGGACAUAUGAGAAGGACCAUGCAGAGCUGAUGGAGUUUAAGAAGCUGGCCAACCAAAACUCAAACCGCUGUUAUGGAGCAGCUGUAGACACUGGAGAUGAUGGGGUUGCACGGCCAUCAAGAUCAAUGUCCCUCACCCUUGGAAAGGCUUUACCCAGGCGGAGGGUGAGCGUGGCAGUGGUGCCUAAGUUUAACCUCCUCAACAUCCCGGGUCAGAGUCCAGGCGUGUUGGGUCCUGGCCCAAACGUGGGACUCACAGCGGGUGCUGCUCUUCCUGUCCUGUGUGAAGCAAAUGAUGUGAAAAGCAGCUCUUCCACUGAAGCAGUUCAACCAACACCAGAGUGUGGAAAGAGUGGGAUGGAGCCGGAAAGCGAGCCAGCCAAACCUCCAGUAAACUUGGAGGAACUCAGAGCCGAGAUCAGAGCCGAGAUCAAGGCAAAGAUCGAGGAGGAAGCGUACAAUAAAGGCUACCAAGAGGGACUGAAACACACCAAAGCUCUCCUGGAAGAGAAACAUGCAGAGGAAAUGGAAGCAGAGAAACUGCUGGAGCUAAAACACAAGGAUGAAGAAAGCGGAAAGAGGUAUAAGAGCAGCAGGAGGAUGGAGGAGAUCCUGGUUCUCCUCAGUCGGUUUUGUCCCUCGAUUUCUGUCAGCCGGCGCCUUCUUUGGGUCGUCCUUGUGCUGUUUGUGGUGAUGUGCGUGCUCAUCAGUAUUUUCACUUUCUUCAGUGACUACUACAACCGCCGUGAGGACACAUAAGAUACGUUUUUUGAGACACAACAGAGAUGGCUAGACUGAGCAGAACCAAAAAGUCUGUAGCAGAGGAGUUGGAAGACAUGUUUUCACGUUACUAGCAGAUCAUUACUGACGGACACACUUGAAUAGAAGGAUCGAAGGAACUGGUUCAGGAACUGGUUUGAAGGAUUUAUAGAGGAUGUCUUUUUUUCUACGCUAAUUUGUAGUUUUGUUUAGAAUGGAAAGUUUGCUGUCUGUUUAUUGUUGGUAAGUUUAGGGACCAAAUAUACAGUGUGAUUAAACUUAUUUAAUUCAUAGGUGCAUAUGUAAUAAUACAUUCUAGCUUUGGUACUUUGAAAUAUGACACCUUCCUUAAAAUGCCACAGUAAAGAAAUGUGCAUUUAUCAGAAAUUUCUACAUAACAGAUUUUUUAUUUAUAUUUAAGCAUUUAUUUUUUUUUUUUGCAUUUGUUGGUUAAUUUUGUGAAGGGCAUUUAAGGUUUAGAAAUAAGCACAUAAAAACAAGGCUUUUAGUGCAAUAUUUGGAGACUGUGUGAUUUGGGUCACUGACAGAUUUCCUUUGUUUAUGAGAGCACUUUUUAGAUUACCAUCCUGAGUGCCUGGGUUGAGAACUGCUCUGCUAAUUUACCUUUUAAAUAAAAGGUGUCUAAGAAUGAA